AUGGGGUACCGAGUGCAACCGGCGACGGCGUCGGACAGUGCGAGUCUGGCGCGGAUCGAAAAGCGGGCAUUCAACGAUCCCAACAACGCGGCCGACGAGCUGGGCCGCCUCCUCGCCACGGACCCGCUCACCGCAUCGAUCGACGACGAGGAAAAGGCGCGCCUCGCCGUGCAGCGCUUCCGGGCCUUUUUUGACGAUGCCGAUUUCGUCGUCGUCAAGGUCGUCCAGGUCCCCGAUCACCCCGCCCAGAGCGAAGGAGAGGGAGAGGGUGAACGGGCAGAGGCAGAGGCAGAGGCAGAGGCGGUGGCGUUUUCGGUGUGGAUCCGACCUGUCCUCGGUGGUAUCAAGACUCGUCCUUGCCCCCGGUCCGAUGAGCAGGCCAAGAAGGACGAGGACGAGGAUGACGAGGAGACGAAGAGGAGGAAGAAGGAUGCUCUGUGGGCCAGGUUCUCGGCUGCUAUUGACAGGAAGAGGGAGGAGGUCAUGGGUACCCGACCCCAUUGGUUCCUCAAGCUCCUCUGCGUCGACCCCGCGCACCAACGACGGGGGGUGGGGACGAUGCUGCUGGACUGGGGGCUGCAACGAGCCAUGGACAACGCCGACGAGGUGCCGGGUCCGUUUAGCGUCUACCUCGAGUCGAGCCCGGCGGGCGAGGGCGCCUACGUCAAGGCCGGCUUCAAGGUCAUGGGCCACGACCGCAUCGACGAGCCGCGCGCCCAGCGCGGUUACCUACAGUGGCCCUACAUGAUCCGAUCCCCGCCCGCUCCCGUCUGCCAACGAGGCUUGCACCGAGGCGCGAAUCGCGCGCAGCCCCAGCAGCAGCAGCAGGCGUAG